AUGCGGGCAAUUACAAAGGACACAGAAUUGAGCAACAGCAGCACGCUGGGUCUGCACCAAGAGAUGAGACCAACAGUUUCGUUCCAGUUUGCUGGUGUCCCUGUGUCCAAUGCCAGCAGUGCGCCCUGCAGCCUCUGUGCACGAACAUUUGUCGGCCAUCUGUUUAGCGGUAUCACGGCUGCCCUCCAGCCUCUGGUGAAGCCCAAGAUCGUCAAAAAGAGGACCAAGAAGUUCAUCCGGCACCAGUCAGACCGAUAUGUCAAAAUGAAGCGAAACUGGUGGAAACCCAGAGGUAUCGACAACAGGGUGCGGAGAAGAUUCAAGGGCCAGAUCCUCAUGCCUAACACUGGUUACGGGAGCAACAAGAAAACCAAGCACAUGCUGCCUAGUGGCUUCCGGAAGUUUCUGGUCCACAAUGUCAAGGAGCUGGAAGUGCUGCUGUGUAACAAAUCUUACUGUGCUGAGAUUGCUCACAACGUUUCCUCCAAGAACCGAAAAGCCAUUGUGGAAAGAGCAGCACAGCUGGCCGUCAGAGUCACCAACCCCAACGCCAGGCUUCGCAGCGAAGAAAACGAGUAG